AUGCCUUUUCGUCGUGUGAAAGUCUCAAGUUCACAGCGUCAGUCCGACCAGACAUCUUCGGGCUCCAUAUGGCCAAGCAGACAGGACAUUGCUGCAGCAAACAGACAUACCACGGGACGCUCUUAUCCUCCUGGCGAAUAUCUCUCGUCCUCUAAUCCUGACGGGAGGACUGGUAGACUUGAGCUCUCAGCGGCCGAGCGUGCCUACGCUCGGAAUCCACCACAAACGUAUCACGGUCCUCAUUUUGAGAGAGCAGCAGCCCAGGAGCAGAUUUGGAAUGACCGGGGCUCGACAAAAGUUUGGGAUCCUUAUCAAACGACGCGUCCAGUGGUCCCCGGCCCUGAAUAUCAAGGACGAUCCCAUUCCAUUGAACGAGAGAAAAUGAAAGCUCCGGAAUACCCCGUUCCUUACGAGAAGCGCCCCAUGCCUUGGCCACGUCGUCUCCAAGCCGAACGGGAGUCCUACCAUGACUUUUCAGAUGAUCAUGGCGCCCUGGGAGCCCUGGGAAGAAAGGGCAGAGAUACUCUGGUCGGCAGAAAGCAUGAACCCACCGAAGCUGUUCGUGAGUCCCUUCGAGAGGGGCGAAAUUCUGCACAGGAUGCCCGCGUCAUGGCAAAUUUGUAUGAAAAUCUUUUCCCUACUCUUCUAUUGUCGAUCGACGAAUUAACAAUCUUUAGGGGCUGGUCAGGUCGUGCAGGCUUCGUCCAGAAGUACCCGCAGGCUUAUGAAUCUCUUGAAGCGAUUGGACAUCAUGCGAAACAGGACAAAGGUCAUCGUUCGUCGGCUCAGGGGUACGCUGAUGAUGUCGGGGCUAUCGACGGCAAGUUGCGCCAGUGGGAACAAGAAUACAAGUAUCAGGUGGAACGCUCAGAGCAACGACCACCGCCACGCGGCCCACCAGCGGGAGUGAAGCCCCGUGGGCGGCGUUGA